UUUACUCUCUCUGUCCCUCUUGUCUGCUUCUCACAUUCUUUCUCUGUUUCUCACCUUUUUUCUACAGUAUAGUAUCUCUUUGAAUUUUCAUUUUCUCACUGUCCUCUGUUCUCUCUCUUUUUUUCUUUUUUUUUUUACCUUUAAAAACCCAUCAACAACAUAAGGAAAACUCAUUUCAGGUUCCUUUAAAAAAAUCCUCCCAUUCCCUCUUCAUAUUUAUAAAAAGAGUCAACUUUGAUCAAUAUCAAAUAUUCUACUGGUUUCUUUGCUAUAGCACCAAAAUGGAUGAGAGUAACUAUUACUUUAGGAGGAGCCAUGUUCCAGCAUUUGGUAGCUGGGAUUGUAACAAUAAUGAAAUUCCAAUUCCUUUUACAGAGUGUUUUGAAUCAGCAAGGCAAGCUGGUUUGUUUCACUACAGCUAUUCUCAUGACUCUGAUUUGUAUGUCACUGGUGAUCUUUACCAGAAUGAUAUUGUUACACCUACCAUGAUCGUUGUUCCUCGUCGUAAGAAAAAAGCAAGUUACAAAGAAGCAAGAAAAGAAGCAUGGGUGAUGUGUGAUUUUGAGAAAGAACCACCCAGCCCUCUUCCUAUAUCUCCUCCAACUACUAUAAGUGUGCCCAAAAAGCCUAUUGAUGAAGAUCUCUACAAGAUUUCCCCCGAGUUGCUCUAUGCUAAGCCUACAAGGAAGGGCGUCCGGGCUAUCAUCUCGAGCUGUUUGCGGCCUUCUUGUGCUUGUUGAACAUGGUGCAAGCAAAAGAAGAGAAAAUCCAGAAAGUAUAGAACUAGUAGUUUGUCUGCAUGGUGAUUUUGUCUAUAUUUAUAGUUAUGUUUGGAGUCUUUUGUUGGGUUUAAACCAGUAAAAAAUGGCCCAAAAAAGAAGAAAGAAUCUUCUCCUUUCUUCUCUACAUUGCUAAACGUAUGUUUCUUCUUGGAAGUAUUUUGAUGUCCUAGUACUAUGUAGUGUUUAAGGGGAGCUUUAGAGCACCGGUAGAGUUGUUUUCAUGUGAUUUAUAGAUUACGGGUUUGAGCCGUAGAAUUAGCUAUUAAUGCUUGCAUCAGACCCUUACAUGGCCCUUCCUUGAAUCCUGUAUAAACACAUAAUUUUUCGUGCACCGUGGAACCCUUUAGUACUAUACUAGGGUUGGCUUUUAUAAUUUAAAAAAUCUUGAGGUACUGUGUGGGAAAUUGGCAUUACAAGGAUAUAUUAAUGUAUGAGAAAAAAGAGAAAUCUCUCCCUCGUGUCUUUAUUUAUGGUGCCCUGUGCAUUUUCAGUU